GCGAAGACGCGGCGACGAAAUUCCAAAACAAAAAGAGCCAGCCACCAUGUCGGAGCCGGAGACGGAACCGGCACCGGAAAUAGUGACAGAUAUGGCCACGGAAACGGAGACGCCGAGGGAAGUGCCUGAUGAAGAGGAGGAGAAAAUACGCCGUCUGAAGAAGCUUGAAGAAGCUCUCGAAGCCAAAUCUCUUCGUCGCAUUAUCAGUGCUUAUCUCAAUUAUCCCGAGGCUUCAGAAGAGGAUUUGAAAAGAUGGGAAAGAUCAUAUCGGAAGCUGUCUCCUGCACACAAGGCAUUGGUACCCCAUUUCCCUAUGAAGUUUCAGAGAUUAAGAAGGUGUAUAUCGGCGAAUUCAUUUUUCAUAUUUAAUAUGCUUCAGGCUUUUGAUCCCCCUAUAGACUUGAGUCAGGAACUUGAUGGUUAUGAAGGCUCAAAUUCUGAAUGUGCUCCACAUGAGAAAUACACUCUAGAUGAAAGGCACGACUCUUCUUGUCAGCCGGCCUUGACCAAUAGUUGUACAUAUCAGGAAGAAAGCAAACACAUUCAUGUACCAAAAGCAGGAGUGUCUGUCGAGGAGCUUCAAAGGAAGGAAGCUCAUGAUCAUUCUCCCAAGGAUCAGUCUGAAAAUGAUGGAGGCCAGUUGAAUCAUGACCAUGGCAGUGAAUUAUGUGCAUACCAUGAUUGGUUGGAUUCAUCAAUACAGACACAUGUUCCUCUAGUUGAUGUAGAUAAGGUUCGUUGUAUAAUAAGGAAUAUAGUCCGAGACUGGGCAGCAGAGGGUCAGAGAGAACGAGAUGAAUGUUACAAGCCUAUCCUUGAAGAGCUUGAUUUGUUGUUUCCUGAUCGUCAGAAGGAGAGCACCCCUCCUGCCUGUUUAGUCCCUGGUGCUGGACUUGGUCGUCUGGCCCUUGAAAUUUCUUGUCUAGGUUUCAUAAGCCAAGGAAAUGAAUUUUCAUACUACAUGAUGAUAUGCUCAAGUUUUAUUCUGAAUUAUACGCAAGUCCCUGGUGAGUGGACAAUAUACCCCUGGAUUCACAGCAACUGCAAUUCGCUCUCGGACAAUGAUCAACUACGUCCUAUUGCUAUUCCUGAUAUUCAUCCUGCAAGUGCUGGAAUAACGGAAGGUUUCUCUAUGUGUGGUGGUGAUUUUGUUGAAGUAUACAAUGAAUCAACUCAUGCAGGAAUGUGGGAUGCAGUUGUUACUUGCUUUUUUAUCGACACGGCUCAUAACAUCAUCGAGUACAUUGAAACCAUAUCCAAGAUCUUAAAAGACGGAGGCGUUUGGAUAAAUUUAGGACCACUGUUGUAUCAUUUUGCAGACACAUAUGGCCACGAAAAUGAAAUGUCAAUCGAGCUAAGUUUGGAGGAUGUAAAGAGGGUUGCUUCACAUUAUGGAUUCGUGAUUGAGAAAGAAAGAACAAUCGAAACAACUUACACUACAAAUCCCCGAGCUAUGAUGCAGAACCGAUACUAUACUGCCUUCUGGACAAUGAGGAAGAAAUGUGCAAUAUUAGCAACAACUUAACCCAAUUUAUUCUGGACAUUUUUUUCCAUCUUGAUUUCUUUUGUUUUACUUUGAUGAAUUAAUGGUACAAUCUAAACUAAUAGACUUAUGUUAUCGAUUGAUGAAUAAAAAACCUUUGUACUCAACUUCGAGUUA